CAAAUUUAAGGCAUAGUAGGUUUAACAAAUAAGUUAAAACAUAAAGCAACAUAUUUAACAAGUAUUCUAUUUUGAUGAAUAUUAUCGGUUAGAAGCAAUUCUCAAUUUUUAAGUUAGAUAAAGCUUUCUAGAGCUUUUAUAAGUUAAUAGUUAAAAGCUAGCUUAAUUGUCCUUUAGAUAGCUACAUUUUAACAAUUGCAUGUUUUUGGAUAGGAUUCUUUUAAGUAUCUUCAAUAGUAGAUAGCUUUCAAAAUAACGGAAAUAGCUUGCAAUCUUCUUCAAUUUCAUGGAAUGAAUGUUGGAAAGUCUUCAUUUAUUUUAUAAGGCCUGUUUAAUUUAUUUAUUAGUAGUAUAGUGACACUCAAUAAAGCAUUAAUUCUACCGUAAUAGGAAUUCUAUUUGUAUAUUUAUUUUUCCAUGCAAUAAUAGGGGUUACAUCAUCCUUUUUAAUAAGCUCAACAUUCAAAAAAAAAUAAAAGGUUGGAUUAUAAAUUAUGAAAAUAUUUGUCAACUGUGCUAUUUAUUUUAAUUCCCUACUUUGCAUCCCUAUCAUAGAAACAUCUCUUUUACUUGCAUUUUAAGGUAGCUUGACAAAUGCGUAAAAUCAAUCUACUACAUCUUUGUCAAGCUCAGAAAAUUAGAUAAAUAAAAUAUGCGGUUUUAUUCUAUUUGCUUUAUACUAACUAUAUUCAUUUAUGUGCUCUAAAUUUUAUGAAGUUUCUUACACUUUGGAAGAAAAAGGUUUGUAGAAAUACUCUUAAGACAACCUCUCAAUAUUUAUUAACCACAUUAGAAUAGCUGCUGUUUUAGGUUACACAUAUGAUCCCUAAGGAAAAAGUAAUGGCCCUAUCAUAGCUUCUUGUUUUUCAUGUCUGUAUUUUGUGCUAUUGGUAUAUGAAUACUUUAUGAAAAAACCUUUUAGUUGCAUCUCAAAAUCAGACAACUAUUUAGCAUCUAUUGUUACGAAUUUCUUAUUUUUAGUUAUUAUUAUAUUCAACAAAUAAGCUAAAAUAACAGACGUCUCUAUAAGUAUGACUUUACUUCUAUUAAUUAUACCAAUUGUUGUCAAACUUAUGAUCGGAGCAAUCAGAUAGGUUAACGACACUUAUCUUUAUACGAAUUUGCUUGAUGAAAAUGAGAUUUCAUCUUAAAAUGAUGAAUUACUUUCAAGAAAAAUAUCUAUGCUUUACAAUAAUAGAAAUCAAAUAUUACAAAAUGAUUAACUCAAGCUAUUUGGAAUAUAUGAAUAGCAUAAAUUAAAUUGCAGAAGACAAGUGUGCUUCUGCUAGUAUAAAAUAAUUAAGUGCAGUGAAGAUACUGUAUUCUUGCUAAAUUCAGAUAUUUUAGAUAGAUAUAUAAGGUACCUAAUAAGAAUAGAGUUAAGUAAUUCGAAUUUGAAUGAGAAAAUAGAUAGAUUGGUACAUUUCAUAAGGUACAUGACAUUUCUUUCUUACUCUAAAAAGCACUCUUUUGCUAUAAGUAGAGUUAUUGAUUUUAUUAAUGAAUCUGAAAGAAUGAGAAAAACUUAUGGAUCAUAUGUAAAAGUAUGUGUAGAUACUAUUUUAAAUGAAUUAAAGCAGAUCAUGUUCAAGAAUAUCGUGCAAACUAUUAUUGAUGACGAAGUUGAAUAGCAGCUAGUGGAUAUAGACUCUUACAUUAGAAUGCAUAUUGAGAAAGAUAUUUUAAAGGAAAUCAUUUUCAAGUGUAUUGAAAAAAGAAUAGAAAUUUUUGAAAAGAUGAGAAAAAAUUUUGAGGAUUUUACAGAAUUGGAAAAGCUAAACAAAGAUUAUAAUUCUCGAUUAGAUGAGCUAGAAAAUAGAUUUCAUUUAUUUUAUGAGCGUUUUCCAACAAAAUAGAAUUAAUCUUUUUAUGUUUUUUUUUAGGCUGAAGUGAAAGGAAAUCUUAAAAAAGCUAUUUAAAUUUCAAACACAAGAAAAUUUUAGUAGACAUCAGACAACAAAAAGCUGUUUAAUGUUUUUGAACCAAAUGUUUUGUAUCUAACAGCAACAAUGGGAAAAAUUUGGGGUAAAAUUGUUAAUUUUUCUGAUAAGCUUCCAAAUGCUCUAGGUUACAAAAAGCAGGAAUUUAAUUAUGUAACUCACAUAAAAGAUAUUAUGCCAACAUCUAUUGCUACCAUUCAUGAUGAAAUCAUUAGAUGCAUGAUGACUCAAGGAAAUGAUUCAAUCAUCAAUAACAAAAGAUAAAUAUUUCUUAGAAAUAAAAGCAAUUUUUUAAUUAGAGUUAAUGUAUUUAUAUCCAUGAAUCUAUACUAUACUGAAGAAUUACCAUUUGGAGUGUUUGUAACUCCAAUAGAAACAAGAAGUGGCUUCUUGUUUGUAACUUCUCAGGGUAAUGUGGAGGGUAUGGACAACAACAUUUUAAGCCAGGUAGGCUACAAUAAUGUUUAAAACAUGCCACCCUUCUACUAAUUUAAAAUAUCUCAUUGCAUUCCUGAAUUUGAGCAUUUUACAUAAUUGAUGGCUGAAUAAAAUUUAAGCUUGAUGGAUAGAGUUGAUGUCCCAUUUAAUUUUUUUGCUAGGUCUCAUCCAUAAUUCCAAAGAUUAUUCACGACUAAAUCUCAAAGUAUAUCAGAAAUUAUAAAAUUACAAAGCUAAAGUAGUUUUAAAAAUUACUCUGAGUAAGAAAGCUCUUUUCGUCAAUCAGUAAAAAAAAUGGGAUCCACUUCUAACAAUUAGUAAAGUAAUCUUAUCAAGUUUAAAGCAGAUUUGACAAUUGAAAGACACAAAAUUAAAAUGCUAGACUCUGUGUAUGUUUAUUACAUAGUUGAAAUAAAAUAUUUAAUGCGGGUGGUAAACAAUGAUGAAUUUUAUACUAGCACAAAUAAAACUAUGAAUAUUUAGGGGUCUUCAUAAAAUAAUUUGAAAAGUUAAUUUAUGCAAACAAAGAAGGUUAACAUGAAAACAAUCAGCGAAACAGAAAUUCUUAAACAAGAAAAAAUUUUAUCUGAAAAAGUUAUCCAACCAGCUUCAAGAUAAAUUAUUACAGAAGAAAAUACAGAGAGAGUUUAACAAAAUCAAUUCUUAGGAAUUGAUUUUACUAAUCCUGACUUGAAAUCUAGUCCUAAUAUUUCUAGCUAAGGAAAUAAUCCAAACACUCAAAGAGAUCAAUAACAUUUUGAAGUUUUACCAAGUGAUAUCAGAGAAGAAUUAAAUCUUGAUAAGGUUCAUGUAACUUAAAGGCAAGCAGCGAAUAUAAAUUCAAAAAUUCAGAAUCAAAUUUAAGAAUAAGAUAAAAACAAUGGUAUAAGUUUUGAUGUUUCUCAAUAAAAUCUUGAUUUUAGUAUGGUAAACAAUGUAAAUAAUCCUUUAUUAGAGUAUGUUUAAGAUAAUAACUAAAAUUUAAAUUAUUCCAUGGCACAUGAUGCUAGUUAAGUAUAAUCUGCUCACAAACUUUAUAUUAAAGAAGGCACAACAAGAGUAUCAGCUGGUGAAAUAAAAGAAUAGGAAAUAGCUCAGAUUUUUAUGAAAUAAUCUAUAGAAGACAAAGAUAAAUAGAUAGAAGUUAAUUUAAGUUAAGCAAACAAUAAUAAGAAGAAUGAACAAAAAGUUGAAAACAAAAAAAGAAGUUUCUCUUUACCUGAUUAAUAGGAAAGAGCAGACCUUAAAGUGAAAUUAAGGAAAGAAGAAAGAGAUGGAAGUUUAACAAGUAGUACUGAUGCUUUAAAUAGGAGUAUGGAUAAGUAUAAUUACUAUGAAGAGUUUAUAUCUUCUAAGCACUAUCCAAUUCAUUUAAGAAUUCUUAAAGUAGCUAGAUUUACGGAAUACUUAAUUCUUUUAGUUGCUACCAUAGCAAGCAUUUUAACAUUAUACUCUUCAUUUGAUAAUUUAUUGUAAAAUAUUGACUCCCUUACUCUUCACUCAAAUAUUUUAUCACCCUAUGGAAAUACUAUAUGUCUAUCUGAUACUCUCUACUAUUUAUAGUAGUUUGGCACACCUACUCAAAUCACCUAGCAGACUCAAAUCUAAUUUCAAAGGGAGAAAAAUUAAUAUCAGCUAUAUUCUUCUAUGUUAUCAUAGGAAUGGUAAAACUCAUAUUUGACCUCAUAUUUUAUAGAUAACAGUAUUGACAUUUAUUCUUCUUUUUAACUAAAUGGCAUUCCAUACCAAACACAUGAAACACUACUAACAGCUUCUGCUAAGCUACUCUAUUCUUUGAAUGAUAAUUAAUAAUACACUUAAGCUUAGAUUUCAAGUUAGUUUUAUUUACCUGAAAGACAAUUCUUGGCAGUGAAUUAUUCAUAGUUCAUAUAGUUUUUUAAAGAUGUUGUUUAAAGCACUCUUAAUUCGUCAUUGUCUUACUGCAGAUCACUUAUAACUAAUAUUGUUGUCCAAACUGUCAUUUUAAACAUUGUUACACUCUUUGUAUUUUGUCUGAGCGGUUGGAAUUAUUAUUAAUUUUCAAAGAAUAUCAUGAGCAUAUUAAAAAUGUGUGAAACUGCUUCAACUAUUUCUGUUGAGAAUGAAAUGUUUAGAUUUCAAAAAAUUCAAGAAUAGCUUGCUGAAAACGAAAGCAUGCUAUUUAGCUACACAUUUAGUAUUCAUUAAAAAGAACUAGAGCUGGCUACCUAGCAUGACAGAGGUAUGAUGGUUGACAGAAAAGGACUUUCUAAAUCAAGUGGAUUAUAGUUUGGUGGAACAAAGAGAAAAAAAUUAUUAGUAAAUAUUUAGAAUGAAAGAAUAAAUUAUACUGGAUUUGCUUUAUUUACGAUAUUUAUUUAUAUUCUUUUUGUGAUUUUUACAAUUACUACAUAUUCGGUUAAUACAACAUUCCUAAACUAAUUUUAGCCAGCUAUCUAAUAUUACAAAUUAGUAUCAGACUCUAAUUUUGAGAUUUCUUAACUACCUUCAUUAAAGGCUUUAAUUAGUGAGUACUACAUCCUCUAAAAUGAUGUUAAUAAACAGAAGAGCGUAUAGUAUAUCAAUACUAAUUUGAAUACUCUUAAGUCCCUAUUUGACACGUCAUUGAAUGAUAUACUUGAAUAUAGUUAAGAUCUAUUGAAUUUUAACAAAAUUGAUUUUUUCGAUUCAUCAUUUAAGAGUAAGAUGGAUUCUUUAGUGAAUGGAAAUAUUUGUAAUACAUCUGAUGAUGGUUUAGAUAAUACUUGGAGUCCUUCCAGGUGCUAAUAAAUUCACUAAGGAAUUUUAACUUAGGGUUUAUCUAAUUCUAUAAGUAAAUGGUAUGAUUAAUAUAACUCCUUUAAGUAGCUAAAUUACAUGGAUGUUCUUUCAAAUAGUUAGCUUUUACCAGUAUUAAUUGACUCAACAUACAUUUCAAUAACUCUAUCUAAUUAUACAACUAAUAUGAGAGAUUAAAUCAAAAACAGCAUGUCUUCAAGCACCCAAAAUCAAAAAAAUAUAAAUUUAAUAAUUUCUCUAGUAUUUAUAUCAAUAGUAACAGUAAUUUACUUCUUUGAGCUAUUCAAAGGAAUGCAAAACGUGACAGAGAGAUUUCAAAUGGCAAAAAAAGUUAUCUUCCUACUUCCUCUAUAGACUGUAAUGAUAGAAGAAACUUUUAUUAAAAUAUUAAAAGCUUAAUCAAAUAGAUUAGAAAUAGUUAAAUGAAAAAGAUUGAUAAAUUAUAAAUAUUAUAUCAUUAAAUUCUUCCAAUUUAUAUUAAGAUUUUAAAAAAAUCUUAAUAAAAAAACACAUAAAAAAUUACUUAUUCUCAUAUAAAUUAGUUAAACAUAAUUAUAAAAAAUAAAAGCUACUAGUUUUUUCUUCCAUUUUCAUUGUAAAUAAAUUAAAAAAUUUAAUUAAUUUAAUCCAUACAUC